AACUUUGACUUAAUGACAUUGGAAUAAAAGCAAGAUACAUAUAUAUUAAUUGGCUAAUUAAUAGAAAUUACAAAUUCUAAAUUAUCAAAUAACAUCUAUAAUUUUGUUGUUGAGUAAAAUUUUCAUUUUUUAAUCAUCGAUUAAGUUAACUGGAACUAAAGUCAUCUUCAGGGACCAUCUCUAUCUGAUUGGUUUGACCGACUGAUUAAAUUUUAAAACUAAUCAAUUACAAAACUUAAUAUUGAUUAUUUUGUUUUCGAUAUCCGUUUUUUUGUAAUUUAUUAUUUAUUUGUAUAAAAUACAAUACUUUUAAUCAAAUUGAAUCAUUGUUUAAUAAAAAUAAUUAAAAAAUUAAGUUACAAGUUCAUCAAUUUUAAGUUCAUAAGUUGGCAAUUUAUAAAUUUAAUUUGUCAAUUUUUUUUGUUAAUAGUUAAUCAAAGUUAAUGUGACCGAUCAUUAAUUGUCGAUUAGAGCUGUGCUUCAAAAUUCACUGUUAGGCUAAAAAUUUGUAUUAUAUAUGUGAUAUAAAAUUUAGAUUUUUCAGUCUAAUAAUAAAUUUUCGGAACCCAGAAUCGAUCGAAAUUUAAUUAAACCCGGCCGUCUUAAAAAUUAGAGACAAUGUAAAUAAAAAGUGGCUUUUCUUCGUGAUCAGUCUUUGAUUACAGUGUCUCUUUUUGGUCAUUAGCAGCUUGCCCAUUUGGCCAGAUUACAGUUUCUUUAUUAAAAUUAUUAAAAAUAUAAAAAAAUAGAAUCGAAACGCCAUCUAACGGUAUAACGCCGAAGAAAAUGGAACGUUCAAGAUGUGAAAACAAUUGAGAACCGCCACAAGUAUCUUGGCGGGAAUUUAUUUGACUUUGUUAUUGUUUCAAGUGAACAUAACGGUUCUUCCGAAAGAGAAUGUCGAGAAUGGAGACGCGAUCCUCCAGCAACGAGAAUAUCGAGCCGACGACGGAAGACACGUCGGUUGCGGAGAAGAAGAAGAAACUACUUCGAGAGAUACAGGAUUUGAAAUGCAUCAUCAAACAGUGCGAAUGGAGUCUGCAAGCCUUACGAUUUAAGGACGUGGAGAAUCGCGUGACCGAGAAGCCGCCGGAGAGUUCGGAGGUUCCCUCAGGUAUCAGCAGUACGCAACAGAAUGCCCAGGUCGAUCUGCAGACUGACAUGUAUAGGUUCGCCGGUUUUCACUGUAUCAAAUUUCGGAGGGACGAGUUCAUAUUUAAUUUCACAUCGACGAACGGAGAGCGGAAGGACAAUACUUACGCGAUACAGAUCUUUAUCAAGGAUAAAAAGGCCCAUCUGGGAAAAUGGGUGAUGCCAAUGUCAAUUGACAUGAAUUAUCUAUUGUCCAAAACACCUAUCGACAAUUUGAAAAAUCUCCCUGCUUUUAUUAAGAGCUGCAAGCACAACGUCGACUGCUACACUGAGCGACAGGAGCAGUUUUUGUCAUUAAAGGAAUGUAUUUCACAUAUGAAGCAUUGCACACUGCAGUCUGAUAUUGGAUUUAGGCAGAUUAAUUUGGAAUUGUACGGUGUACAUGACACUGAAAAUGACAGAUAUAUAAACUUAAUAACAUAUUUACUGUAUCACUCUGAUAGAGCGAGACCUUACAAAAUUGAGUUUAACACGACAGACAAAAGCAAGUUAAAUGAUAAUGUAAAGCAGAGAUUAAAAAUAUGCAUGAAGGAAUUUAAAAAAUCAGACUUACUAACUGCAUUCGACAAGAUUCUAAAGGAAAAUUCUACAUUUACAUGGGUGCGGACAGAUGGCAGUGAAAGUCCAUUGGAAUUGAAUAAUACCAGUAGCUCUGACGAAGAAGACUUCUUAACUCAACUGCAAUCAAAUCAGAAGAGAUCAUUGAGAAAAGUGGAGAAGAAGCGUCAGUUGCAAAAGAAGUGGAAUGAAAGAAAAAGGCAAAGAAUAACUAAAAAUAGUGAAAUUAGUGAAUCAUCGGAAGAUGAUAGAGAGGAUAAUCACUCGAAAGCGAAAGUACCACGCGUUAAAAAUCCACGGCAAAUUCCAACAAAAAAGAAGACAAAGAAGGCUACUACGUCCACUUUGAAACAAAAGAAUAUUAAUAAAAAUCUGCUGGUAGAGAUAACACCGUUGCUUAAUCCUAAAGUAAAAUUAAAACAAACAAAAUUAAAUUUCGAAACUCGUGAAGUUACGAAUUCUAAUACAAAUGAAAUAUCUCUGUUUGAAUCAAAAUCUCAUAAUAGAUCCAACAACAGCAAACAGUCGGAGCCAGAUGUAGCCAAACUAAUCACCAGUACUCCUCUACAUCAUAAAGUCGAUAUUAGAAAAGGACCCACGUCCUCACCUACUUUAGAGAGAAAUAAUAUUGCAUCUAUUGCAACACAGAAUAUGGCAAACAAAUUAAAUGUUUCUAGAAACGACGAUCAGCUGAGCGAUAAAAAGACUCCGAAAAAGAAAACUCAAGGAAGGACUAAUCGAUUAUUACGAAGUCACUCGAAGACUAUUGGAUUAUUACCACAGGUCUUGAAGACCAAUCAACGCCUCACAAGAAGUUUGUUAAGAGGACAUGAUGGAAUGUUGAAAGAAAUAUAAAUGUACAAAGUCUGUUUGCACCAACUUGUAGCUUAACUUUAAACUUUAAUAAUUUACUUUAUGCCUUUUUCUAUUUUUUGUUUCUUUUCUUACAUUGGUGCAAACAAUCUUCAAAUAUAUUAUGUCUAAGAGAAGCAUAUCUUCUGUAAAUAAAAUGUAAAUAUUUUCUGUGCAUCUAAAAUAUGCAUUUCAAA